AUGGCACCCCGCGCCCCAGCCGCCGCCGACCCUGACCGCCGCCUCGUCUCCUUCACCUUCGACGCGGUCACCGACGGCAGUUUAGUUAUACAUUACUUUGCCAAGGAAGGAAAAGACUGCAAUUUUUCUUCAGUGUAUCCAGACUUGCAGACACCAACAAAGAUACCUUUCCAGAAAGGAUUGGCUCAAAAUUAUGUCCAGCCCUCUGGAUCUGGCAUUGAUCUGGGAUUCUUUUCUCUGGAUGAGCUUUCAAAUCCUUCAGAGGAAGUAUACCCACUGGUAGUUUAUGCGGAAGCUUCUCCAUCUCCAGAGGAAGGUGGUCAAACAGUAAACUCCACACGGGCACAAAUUACACUUGCUGUUAUAGAGAAACAUAACGACGAUCUUCAAGUCAAAGUUGUCAAGCAAAUAUUGUGGAUUAAUGGUGUGCGCUAUGAACUGAAAGAAAUAUAUGGGAUUGUCAACUCCACGGAAGCUGAUGUUCCUGAUGCUGACGAUGAUGGCAUGGGGAAAGAAUGCGUUAUCUGCUUGACAGAGCCAAGGGACACUGCUGUUUUUCCUUGCAGGCAUUUGUGUAUGUGCAGUGAAUGUGCACAAGCUCUAAGGCUCCAAUCAAAUAAAUGCCCCAUAUGCAGACAGCCUGUUGAGAAACUAAUGGAGAUCAAAGUUAGGAGUUCUGAGCCAUAA